AUGGACGAUGCCGCGGUCCUAAGGAAGAAGGGUUACAUCGUGGGCAUCAAUCUGGGCAAGGGCUCCUACGCCAAAGUCAAGUCUGCCUACUCCGAGCGCCUCAAGUUCAACGUGGCGGUCAAGAUCAUCGACCGCAAGAAGACGCCCACCGACUUCGUGGAGAGGUUCCUUCCUCGGGAGAUGGACAUCCUGGCGACCGUCAACCACCGCUCCAUCAUCAAGACCUACGAGAUCUUCGAGACGUCGGACGGCCGCAUCUACAUCGUCAUGGAGCUCGGGGUCCAGGGCGACCUCCUCGAGUUCAUCAAGUGCCGGGGGGCCCUGCACGAGGACGUGGCGCGCAAGAUGUUCCGCCAGCUCUCCUCGGCCGUCAAGUACUGCCACGACCUGGACGUCGUCCACCGGGACCUCAAGUGCGAGAACCUCCUCCUCGACAAGGACUUCAACAUCAAGCUGUCCGACUUCGGCUUCUCCAAGCGCUGCCUGCGGGACGGCAGCGGGCGCAUCAUCCUCAGUAAGACCUUCUGCGGGUCGGCGGCGUACGCAGCCCCCGAGGUGCUGCAGGGCAUCCCCUACCAGCCCAAGGUCUACGACAUCUGGAGCCUGGGCGUCAUCCUCUAUAUCAUGGUGUGCGGCUCCAUGCCCUACGACGACUCCGACAUCAAGAAGAUGCUGCGCAUCCAGAAGGAGCACCGCGUGGACUUCCCGCGCUCCAAGAACCUCACCGGGGAGUGCAAGGACCUCAUCUACCGCAUCCUGCAGCCCGACGUCAACCGGCGCCUGCACAUCGACGAGAUCCUCAGCCACUCGUGGCUGCAGCCGCCCAAGCCCAAGGCCAUGUCCUCUGCCUCCUUCAAGAGGGAGGGGGAGGGCAAGUUUCGGGCCGAGUGCAAACUGGACGCCCGCCAAGCCUCCAGGCCCGAGCACAAGCUGGGCGCCAAAACCCAGCACCGGCUGCUGGUGAUGCCGGAGAAGGAGGACAAGGUGGAGGAAAGGCUGGCCGAGACCUCCAGGGUGAAAGACCAUCACAUCUCCGGAGCCGAGGUGGGGAAAGCCAGCACCUAA